AUGGCAACAACGGUAAAAGAUCGGGCUAUUCCUACCAUGGAUACUCUGGUCAAAUAUGACAACCCAGUUUUAGACACAACACGUCCAGAAAAGGUAUCUAAAGAAACAGCACCAAAAAUUGGAGGAACAGUGUGUAAAGUACAAACUACUCCUCCCACUGUUGAUACAAGACACGAGACUAUUGACAUUUUAAACAGGAUUCUUCCACCUAAGAAAUGGGAAGAAGAUGGACAAACAUGGACUCAACGGGUUUCAAGUACACCAGCAACAAGAUUGGAUGUUAUUAAUUUGCAAGAACAAUUGGAUAUGAAGUUACAACAAAGGCAGGCCAGAGAAACUGGUCUUUGUCCUGUUCGCAGAGAGCUUUAUACACAGUGUUUUGAUGAAAUAAUACGACAGGUUACUGUAAAUUGCGCUGAACGUGGUAUACUUUUACUUAGAAUCCGGGAUGAAUUGAAAAUGACAUUAGCCGCGUAUCAAAUACUGUAUCAGAGCAGUAUUGCGUUUGGGAUGCGAAAAGCUUUACAGGCUGAACAGGGGAAAGAGGAUUUAAUAGCUACUGCGGAUGAAUUAAGAUUGCAAAAAGCUGAAUUGGAGAAAACUGUUGCUGAAUUGAAGCAGAAAUCUGAACAGGCUCAGAAGAGGGCCGCUGAGUUGAGGGAAGCUGGCGAAAAGAAACAUAUGGAGGAAAUACAAUUCCUUAAGAAGACAAAUCAGCAAUUGAAGACUCAGUUAGAGGGUGUUAUUGCGCCGAAGAGAUAA